CAGGAGACUGGACCCAGGGUUUCAAGGCUGUCAGUUACUGGGAACAACAAGGGAAACAGGAAGAGAAGCUCAUGCAGACCAGAGCGUCAUCAUCCUGCACGCCAAGGUGGCUCAGAAGUCCUACGGCAACGAGAAAAGGUUCUUCUGCCCUCCUCCGUGUGUUUACAUCAGCGGCCAUGGAUGGAGGGUCAUGCAGGAUCACCUCAAAGCGGCUGGUUAUGGAGACUCUGUAUAUCGAGUGUAUGGUUACAUGUGUCUGGACAGCUCCAGUCAGUCUCAGGCAGACACAUUCAAACUGGUCUUCGAUGAACAGCCAAACUCCAGGAUGUUCGCCUGCGCCAAGUCCCUGUUCAUCUCCGACCAGGACAAGAGGAAACACUUCCGCCUGUUGCUGCGACUCUUCCUGGGCAACAGACAGGAAGUGGGUUCUUUCCAGAGCAGAAUGAUCAAAGUCAUCUCCAAACCCUCCCAGAAGAGACAGUCCAUGAAGAACGCCGACUUGUGUAUCUCCUCGUGCUCCAGAGUAGCUUUGUUCAACCGUCUGCGCUCACAGACGGUCAGCACUCGUUACCUCUCAGUGGACAGAGGAGCUUUUGUUGCCAGCGCCAGACAGUGGACGGCGUUCACUAUCACCAUGGUGGAGGACCAACGUGCUGACCAAGGAGACUUUGUGCUGAGCGAAGGCUUCAUCUGUUACGGCUGUGUGGUCCAGUUAGUGUGUACUGAGUCUGGAGUAGCGCUGCCACCCAUGGUGAUUCGAAAGGUCAACAAGCAGCACGCCAUCUUAGACGUGGACGAGCCUGUUUCUCAGCUCCAUAAAUGUGCCUUCCAGUUCAGAGACAGUCCUCAGUCCUACCUGUGUUUAUCCAACGACACCAUCAUACAGUACCAGGCUCCCUCCAGCAUCAAAGACCCCAGCAGAGUGGUGCUGAACGACGGAUCCUGUUGGACCAUCAUCGGAGUGGAAACAGUGGAAUUCACCUUUAAUCAGGGUCUGGCCUGCAUCCAGACACCAGUCAGUCCUUUUCCUGUUAUCACAGGGUUAGAGGUGAAUGGUGGGGGACACGUCGCCAUGCUGGAAGUCCAUGGAGAAAACUUCAGCCCUCAUCUCAAAGUCUGGUUUGGCAACAGUGAAGCUGAGACCAUGUUCAAGUCUCCCAAAUCUCUGCUCUGCGUCGUUCCUGACGUCUCUGUUUUCAGUGACGGCUGGCGCUGUCUGCGCCGCAUCAUCACCGUCCCUCUGUCUCUCAUCCGAUUGGACGGCCUGAUUUAUCGCACAACGUUCAGUUUCACCUACACCCCCGAGCUCCAGCCGCCUCCGUCCGUCCGAGGGGCAGGAGGAGGAGGGAAGAGAGACGGAGGGGUGGACGGAGGCCAGGAGGACGACGUCCUGUUAGAGACCAUCCAUCAGGAGUUCACCAGAGCCAACUUCCACCUCUUCAUGCAGAGUUAACUGAACUGUCCUCAGGUGAAUGUCUGCAGUCUGAUGAUCAGGCGGAGAUCACAACAGAAACUGAUCGUCUGCUUUUACAUCAGUUCUGGUCCAACUUUAAAGUCACAGGCUUUUCUCUGGGCCACAGUGUUCUCUCCUGUUAAGCUCUGGUAAUGUUUACUGGGUCAGAAUAUUCAGUGGGUACACUGGAAUCACCUGACAACAAGAUAAUCAGAAAUAUGUGGUUUACAUUUAUCGAUCAGUUAAAUCCACUUCACACUAAUGCCCUCAAAUUAUUUAGGAAACAGU